UCCUGUGUGUUUUGUCAGGAUCAGGUGUUCCAGUCACCCCUCUCGCCCUUUUCCCGGAUGGAAUACGCCAAAAAUCAGGGUGUGUGUCAACAUCAGGACUCAGAAGACAAAGGGAUGGGCUCUGAUUUUGAGAACUCUGAGGACUUGGAAGGAGACCCAGAGGAAAGAGCUGUAGGCUCCAAUCCCCAGGAUACAAAGAAGGUGGAACACUGCCUGGUGCGGGGAAUGGGCUGUAAAUCACAGGAUGCAACCAGAAGAGGGGCCUCGAGGCACAGCAAAGCAGUGUCCAAUGUCUGCACAGACGGGCUGCUACGGGAGGCCCGAGGGGCUGCUGGUCCCGAGGAAGAGGAUGAUGAGUCUGGAGGAGCCGACAUGGCCAUAUUCGCUGGACUGUCUGAGUCGGACAGCGUAUCCCGCAGUCCCCAGCAGGAGGAGGAGGAAGUGGAGGAGGAGGAGGAAAGUGCUGGGGAGAACCAGCUGGAGGAGGAGGACAGGGAGGAGCAGCAGCAGCCUCCUGCUGUGCUCCCCUGGAGGCGCCACCUUGCCCUGGGGACUCGGCACCUAGGUGAGAAGCCUGCACACCGCCGCUUUCUCCGGCCCCACCACCCUGUGGCUGUGGACCUCGGGGACCUUGAUAGUCUUGUGGCCAGCAUCAUGGACGCGCCCACCAUUUGCCCCGAUUGUGGGGAGAGCUUCAGCCCGGGUGCCGCCUUCUUGCAGCACCAGCGCAUUCACCGCCUGGCCGAGGCUGCGGCUGUGGCCAGCCUGGAGCCCUUCGGCUUGUCGGGCGAGUGUGGAGCCAUGGUGGGGAUGAUGGGUGUGGGUGUGGCGGGGGGCUUUGGUGCGGGUCCUACGCUGGCACGGCCCCCGCGGGAGAAGCCCUUCCGCUGUGGGGAGUGUGGCAAGGGCUUCAGCCGCAACACCUACCUGACCAACCACCUACGCUUGCACACGGGCGAGCGGCCCAACCUGUGCUCCGACUGUGGCAAGAGCUUCAGCUGGCGCGCUGACCUGCUCAAGCACCAGCGCCUGCACACAGGCGAGAAGCCCUACCCGUGCCCCGAGUGCGGUGAAGCCUUCAGCCUCAGCUCGCACCUGCUCAGUCACCGGCGUGCCCAUGCCGCAGCUAGCGGUGCCGGGCCCGCCGCGCUGCGUCCCUUCGCCUGCGGGGAGUGCGGCAAGGGAUUUGUGCGCCGCUCGCACCUGGCCAACCAUCAGCGCAUCCACACGGGUGAGAAGCCGCACGGCUGUGGCGAAUGCGGCAAGCGCUUCAGCUGGCGCUCGGACCUAGUGAAGCACCAGCGCGUGCAUACAGGCGAGAAGCCCUACAUGUGCUCUGAAUGCGGGGAGACCUUCAGUGUCAGCUCACACCUCUUCACGCACAAGCGCACGCACUCAGGCGAGCGGCCCUAUGUGUGCCGCGAGUGCGGCAAGGGCUUUGGCCGCAACUCGCACCUGGUGAACCACCUGCGCGUACACACGGGCGAGAAGCCCUUCCACUGCGGCCAGUGUGAGAAGCGUUUCAGUGACUUCUCCACGCUCACGCAGCACCAGCGCACGCACACAGGCGAGAAGCCCUACACGUGCAUCGAGUGCGGCAAGAGCUUCAUCCAGAGCUCGCACCUGAUCCGCCACCGCCGUAUCCACACCGGCAACAAGCCGCACAAGUGUGCUGGUUGUGGCAAAGGCUUCCGCUACAAAACGCACCUCGCCCAGCACCAGAAGCUGCACCUGUGCUAGGGCUGGGCUGGAGGGAGGCUGCACUCCGGAGAACGUGUGGGGUGCAGAAAGGAGCAAG